AUGAGACGCCUCACCCGCCGCAGUGGCCGUCUCAGCGGCAAGGGCAACGGCGGUUCAUGCCUCCAAAUGUCCCCAACACAUGUGGGGGCGGUUGUCACGUGGGCGUUAAACCGUUUGAUGCCGCUGCACACCCGCACAAUUCCACUCCGGUGUUCGCUUCCGACACCUGAAAGUGGCACCACUGAGCCACGCGAGCUCUGCUUUUACGAAACCUUCGAACUUACUGAGGAGGAUGUACACUAUUUAUUGCUUCAUGAAGCACAUGUGAAGCAUGGAGUACUUUUAAAUGUUCCGCCACAGUUAGCACCAAAUGGAACGCCUCCCGAGGUGCCGGAGGUGAUUAUGCCAGCAGCACAGUUGGAGCGCAUGGGCGGGAUGAAAUUAGCUUACGAACCCACACAUCUGCCGCCACCACUUCACACGACAGGUGCACGGCAGUUAGUUCUAGACGAAAGUUUCUACACGACACCAACUAAGGAAAAGAAGGCUACAACCACCGCUGUUUCACACGUGAGUGAAUCGACGGCGGCGUCGGGCGGAAGAGGCGGUGCAAGUGCCACGGCAGCUGGUACCGCUUUACCGCCUCGCUUGCCUCCGGACCCAACAAUGAAGUUUCACUGCAGCGCCUGCGGCAAGGCCUUUCGCCUGAAGUUUUCUGCAGACCACCAUGUGAAGUUAAACCAUGGAUCAGAUCCAAAAGCGGCGGUGGUUGAUGGUCCCGGAGAGGGCGAACUUCUCGGGGGAGCAGUAACGAUAACUACAGCAAAGGUAGCAAAGCAUUCAUCGUCUGCUGCAAGCGGAACUGCCUCACGGGCGGGUGAUUCUGCAACUCUGGAUGUAAAGCAACAACCGGAUCCGCAAAAGGAGUUGUCUGCCCCUGGCAUCAGCGCCGUGAAGAUACCGUACAGUAAAGCUGUGCUCUCGCUCCCGGAUGAUGAGCUUGUGGACGAGCUUCUUAUCGAUGUGUGGGAUGCGGUUGCGGCUCAACGUGAUGAUGUACCGAAGUCAAAUAGUGCAAACAUCUUCCUGCCGUUUGCCUCCGUUGUCACGGGCACUGCCGACAGACGCAAAGAGAUGGAAGCGGUUGCUCGGCCCACCGCCCGGGCCACACCUGAGGGAGCCGCGCCAGGAAUUAAAAGGCCCGGAGCGAUGGCGGGCGGGGCCGUGGCGGUUGGAAAGGGCCGCAGUGGCGGACAGAUAUUACCCAUCCGAGAACUGAUAAAGAAAUAUCCAAAUCCCUUCGGUGACUCCCCCAACGCGGCGGUGCAGGAUCUGGAAAAUGAGCCGCUGAAUCCGUUUUUGCCUGAAGAGGAGUUGGCUGCGCAGUUGCAGGUAGCGUGUGAGGAAGAUACUGUUGUAACUCCCUCCGCAUGCACCACAGAUGUUUCCACUGGCUCCGUCAUUGGAAAAAAGGGUUCCCUGGAGAAGCUAAAGGAAAAGCUUCGCGGCACGCGACCAAGUAUGGCAGCUUCCGCAGCGAAACGGCGCUUCACAUGCCCAAUCUGCGUCGAAAAGCAACAAACACUUCAACAACAGCAAAGUGAAAAUGUCGGCAGCGGUUUCUGCACGGAUAUUCCAUCUUUUAGGCUACUUGAUGCUCUUCUCGACCACGUGGAGUCGGUGCACGGAGAGGAGUUGACGGAGGAUCAACUGCGCGAGCUAUACGCCAAGCAAAGACAGUCUACACUUUAUCCACAGAAGUCCUCUACCGGUGAUGGAGCCGGGAGCCGCGAAACUCCUGAUGAUUCGGAAAAGAAAGAAGGUAGCGUCGGCAAUACCAAUAUGGAUGAGCUGAAAUCUCUUCCAGAAGAAGUCAGGCGGGUCGUACCACCUGCCCCUGUCGAGCAAGACGCAUUGGCAGUUCACAUCCGCGCCGGGAGUAAUGCGCUAAUGAUUGGUCGCAUAGCGGAUGUGCAACACGGUUUCCUUGGUGCCAUGACCGUUACGCAGUAUGUCCUUGAGGUUGACGGUGAUGAGAGAAUAAAUUCAAAGGGAGUAACCACACCGGCUUCAGCGUGCACACCGGACCCAGCCUCCACAAAGGCAGUUGAAGCAAAGGGUGAAGAAGGGGAAGUGGUGGAACCGGAGAAGGAGUUUAUUGUCAUUCGAUGUAUGGGUGACAACUUCCCCGCCUCAUUGUUGAAAGAUCAGGUGAAACUCGGCAGCCGUGUGCUGGUGCAAGGCACGUUGCGUAUGAAUAGGCACGUUGACGACGUCUCAAAACGGUUGCAUGCGUACCCCUUCAUCCAGGUGGUUCCACCCCUCGGCUAUGUGAAAGUUGUAGGGUAA